ACGGUUCACUGACAACCAAAUUUUGUAACUCAACUUCUAGCUGCUUCAGAUUGUGUAAUCAGUUGAAAUACUCUUUCGCUUCGCAAGUCAUCCAGGUUCUAUACUUUUUCUUUAAUUUUUCUGUGGAUUAAGGUAGAUUUAAUGUGUGUGGAUGUGUGGAGAGUGCUACCAGCUGUUGACAUCGUGCAGGAGUAGAUAUCGCUAGCUAGACAGGAACUCCACUCAAUUUGUGUGGGCUGACUGUGCAUGCAGACUGUCGGGCAGGCGUGAUGGGCAGUGCAGUUUCAGUUUGCCGUCUGCUACUUUGCCGUCUGCUGUGAGAGGGAUCGGGCACGUUUGACUUGUUUUCUCUCGAGGACCGCUCUUCACCCAUCGGGUGCCUUACUAAUCCACAAGAGAAGAGAGUCGAGCUGUUGGCGUAUUCCACUCGACGAUGGAACAGGCCUGUCUCAGGUGCAUCACUGUGCAGUGCUGGUGACAUUGUGUGCGUGGAGAAUCGAACCAUAUGGUAUACUCUGACAGUGGGAUGACAGUAGGGUAGCCUCGACAAGUCACUGGAAUUGGGAGGUCUUGGCACCUACAUGCUUCCUGGAGAUGUGUAUUACUAUUCCGCAAACUCGUGCGUGUUGUGCGUUAAGCGAGGCCAGGGCCAACCGUCGGAACAGACAAAAAGGGUCACACCCAAAAGCCCUGGCCUCAACCCGAAUGCCAACGUCUUCCUAAGCAAAUCUCCGACGUCGCCCGAUUCUACGACAUCGCAGCAGUGGGACAACACGGGGUUCGACAUAGGUGAUGGUGAGACGACCGACUGUCAGCUGAUCAACGGAGAUGUGAAGGUUGAGACGAGUGCCGUCCCUCCACCCUCGGACUCCCCGCUGUCCAACAGCGACCUUCCUGACCUUCCCGUGUAUGUGGACAACCAGCCCUCAUCGCCAGCACCACCAAAUGACAACGCAUCAACAACAUCAACAGAAGAUGGCACAGCACCUCUGGAGGGUACGAUCCCGGCCGACCAGCUGCGCCAGAUGCUGCGUCACCAGCUGGAGUACUACUUCUCUCGGGAGAACCUCGUUCACGACUCGUACCUCCAGUCGCAGAUGGACCCUGACCAGUACGUGGCCAUCACCACGGUGGCCAACUUCAACCAGGUCCAGAAGCUCACCAACAACCUCGAACUCAUCGUUGAAGUCUUACGUGGUUCUCCUCACGUGCAAGUUGAUGAUAAAGGAGAAAAGGUGCGGCCUAACCACAGUCGAUGUGUAGUGAUUUUGAGAGAGAUACCUGAUACCACACCUCUUGAGGACGUCCAAAAUUUGUUUAAGGGAGAAGCGUGCCCCCAGUUUGUGAGUUGUGAAUUUGCUCAUAAUAACAGCUGGUAUGUGACGUUUGACUCGGACGAAGACGCACAGCGCGCAUACCAGUUCCUGCGUAACGAGGUGCGCAACUUCCUCGGCAAACCCAUAAUGGCUAGAAUAAAGGCAAAGCCGUUGAUUCGGUCAUCGUCGUACGUGCCCCGGAAUGGAAUGACCAAGCUACAACCAUUUGAACAGCAAAGUUCCUUCACCGUGCAGCAGCAGCAGCAGCAGCAGCAGCAGCAGCAGCAACAACCACCUCAGUAUCCCAUAGUGCCACAGCGAGUUCCUUAUAUUAAUGGAGCACAGAUAUUUCCAUAUUUCCCAACCAGUCCACAAGUGAUGACCACAUGGGCACCAUCAGCGACUCCAGCGUUCUUGGACCCUGGAACAAUUUUUCAAAUGAAUGGUUACCAAGCAACCAGCAUAAAACCAAACACAACAUCAAGUAGACCUAUGUACCAGACUACAGUAAGACACAGAAACACAAAACCUCACCGCCCAAUGAACCAGGAGCGUAGUAAUUCAGAGAACCGGUCAUUGCCGGAGCGACACCAGUUGAACACGGCACCGAGGAUGAGUCCCCGUGGCCUUGACAACGCGCAGAUGUCGAUGAACCGGCACCGCACUGAGCACAACGCAAACCAUAGCCACAUGUCAUCAGCGCAACCGCAUGGGGUCGACACCAACGCAAACAUAACCAUGAACAGCGGCAGGCCGAUGGAUUCUCAAACUCAAAAAAAAAGCUACAGACGGGCAAGAAGGACCGAUGAUGGUGCUAAAAUUUCUCGACUAGGUUCUUCUUCCUACUCAGGCCGUGAUGGUCGCGAACCACAGUUUGAGCUGGAGUCCAAUUCAUUCCCUCCCUUGCCUGGAUCUUUUAACAAUGCAACUUGCAAUGAGACAUUUGAAAGCAAACAUUCGGACGUAGUGAAAGGAACUGCAAGACCACAAGUGCGUGAUGUCAAGACUGCCGUUCCUGUAUCACAACCCCCAGUCUCUUCCCCUGCCCCCGUGGUAACCAGACAACCCUCUCCGCCUGUGAUCACAGCCAUUGAUAGUCCAGAACCCACGGCUGUUGCCGUGACGACUGCUAGUACAACUGUGGUUACAGCAAAACCUGUUCAUCAAAAAUUACAUGCAAAUAAGGCGACGAGUCCAAGCUCCAGUGCUCCUGAUUCAAAACCAUCUUCCGAACAACCUCCAGCAACCAAACGGGUGGAGGUUGUGUGUACCAGCCAGUCAAAACCAGCAGUCACUUCCGUACAUGAAGAAAAAGUGCCACCCUCUGCUCCCUCAGUACCUCCCGGUGUCAAAUUGAGUUACGCCCAAAUGGUCCAGAGAAAGAGAGACCCUGAUGGCUUUCUAGAGAAGGUCAAGGCCGAAGAUGGCAUGCCCGAGUCAACACCAACCUCCCCGACAUCACAGCAAGCCAAUUGUGUUAAAUCAGCUAGCACAUUGCGAGAGCAGACACAAACUGUAAAAGCCGCGUCGGCAAGUGCUAGACCACCUGUAAAAGAAAGUAUCGGCAAAGACUCUGACCCCAAAGAAUUGCGUCAACCUCCCAGAGGUCAAAGAUCGAAAGAAAAUCGCGAAAGACAGAAAAUUCGGAGAGAUCGUAUUGAACGGGACGUUAAAGUGUCCGCCAAAUGAGCUAGUCUGUUAUAUAUUGAAACAACUGAAACCAGUAUAAAGUAAAGAAAUGACAAACACUGAAUGGGGUAUGGGUUUGGUAAACAACUUGGGUGUGCAGUUUAUUAAAAAAGAAACUUUAAUUGGAAGGAUUUUUUGUUUUCGAAAUGGCAAAGCAGAUAAGUUUUAUAUAUGAUGUGAUGGUUCUUACAAAAAUUGGCUGCCGCCAAAUAACUUGCAAAGCUGAAACAGGUUCGGAAAGAAGAGACGCACUGGAACUGUGGUUGGAUUGCCGAUAGUUUGUAGUACAACAGCAUGUUUUGGGCUGAAGGAAAUAGAAUAGAAUCUUACCGUGACGUAGGCUGGCCUUUGUGAUAGGGAGAGAAGAUUGUUAAAAUUGUUGCUUGAACUAGAGUGCCUGGUUUGCUUCUUUCAGUGGGUCAGAGUAACCAUUCGAGAUGGGGAGGAUGUGAAGCGAUCUGAUUGGUUGGUUACUGUCAAGUUAACUGCAGUUUGAUUGGUUGGUUACUGGAAACAAACCGUUCAAUUGGGUGGUUUACAGCAAAUCAUCCUGUUGGUUGGUUAGUGUGGUCUGCGUGCUUUUUGAUUGGUCAAGAAGUUGAUGAAAGCCAAACCAAAGUUUACUUGUACAGAUUUUAACGAAGUUUGAACUUUUUGUGUUUUCAUUUCUAUAAGUGCCGCUUGCGAGGAGAGCAGGCAGACAUUAAAAGAGAAAGGAAUUUCUGUACUGUAUUUCUGCAUUUUAUGUCGUCCGUUUCGUCUUUCUUGGAUUGUUCGGGAACUCUUUAGUGUCGGGAGUUGAUGCCCUUUAUUUUUUUGCUGAGUGUGUGUCUGUCCACUAGGUGGCUGUUAUAAACAGAUUUAGGAGGAAGUUGGGACUCUACGUGACAUAAUUAUUUUUAUGUAGAAAUAUUUUGUUAAAAAAAAAAAAAUGUCAGUGUUGUAAAUUUUAUUUCAUUAAUUGUUUUUCUUCUUCAAUACAGUAAUGUGGUUUUGAUAUUUUGUGUAUAUGUUUUAGUUUAUGCUUUGUAUAUUUUUGUAUUAUUGUGCUAGUUUUUUUUUUAGGUGUUUAGUUUUUUUCAUUAUGAAUCUGUUCUGCUAUUGGUGCCAAACUGCUGUUAUCUAAAUAAGCCCUCGCAAUUCGGAAAGCUACCUCUACAAAAAAUUCUUAGUCAAUUUUGCUUCAGAUGAAUACAUUUUGCCAUGGUAAUAUUUUUUCCAGGAGGUUUGUAGAUAUAAAUACAGGGUAAUUAUUUAUUUGUAAAGCAAACUGUAUGACUAUUUUGACGAGGUGGGUGGGGGUAGGUGAGACCUGAAAAUGUUAUCGAUCAUUAAUGAAUGGCAGCUUUUCUUUGAGAUAUAUCCACCAUUUUAGGGUCAUCGAGUCAGUAAAACAAGAGAUGGUGUUAGUGGAUUUCACAAAAGACAGCUGAUGCUGAUUGCGAGGGCUAAAAUAGACAUUUAUGGACUCGUAACUCAACUAAUUUACAAAAGAUGGUUUAGUAAUAUAAGUCACCAACUACUACUUUUUAAGAAAUAUAUCUGAAUGUGGGACAAUUUUUUUUAUUUGAUAAAAGUUUAAAAAAUAAUAAUUUGGCUUUGGUUCUCUGUAUCACACUUUUUGGAAGUUACAAGCCAUUGAUUGAAAAUUAAUUUUCAAGUUACGAGUUUCUUUGUUUAUCUUAACAUAUUUCUUUUCAUAGUUAUGGGGGAUAAAAACCAAAAGCCAUAAUAAUACAUUACUUCUAUCUCAUUUGUUUCACUUUAUAUCUGUCUUUUCCAUUACUUCAGGUAUUAAUAUUUAUGCCUGAAUGACAUCAUAAUGUCGUUUAUUUCUUGUCCAUUCAAACUGUUGUUGUUUAUAGAACAUACUUCGAAUCCAGCACUGUGGACAUUCUUGAUUUGUUCGAUUACACCAGGAUAUUGUGACGGGCACAUGUCCCCAUGAUUUCUCAAAGCAGCCUAUUAAAGUGGAGUGGAAAUAAUUAAAAUUCCGUCAAUUGUUAACAGUCGGUGACAUAGCUCAAAAAUUAACAGCAAACCUGCAUCUGUCUUUUGUUUUUUGGUUAUUGCUAAUAGUGUUUUACUAAGAAGUUUGACAAAGUAUGGUAGACUAAACACCUCUGAGUCAUUUUCACCAUUUUUGGGGCAUUUGUUUUUUUUUCAAUUUUUAAAGACCUAAAAACUAAAUUGAAAAAUUGAAAGAAAGAAUAAUUAAUGUGCCUACUUUAAUAAAUGAAUGCAAGAUAUAUAACAGGCGUAUUUUAUUAAUUAAUAAUUAAUUUUCUGAGUGUUUUAUGAAGCCAAUUUUAGAAUUAAUUAUUGAAAAAGUCUCUUAAUUUCGGGCAGCAUAGUGCUAGACUAUUGAAGCAUGAUGCUGCGUCGUGCUAAAACUAGCAAGGGAAAACACUAGGUAAUAUUUUCUGCUCCUGCCUACAAAAUCCUCGGAGCCAUUUAUUCCUGUUAGUGGUGAAAUUAAUAUUUUCUGAAGUAUAGAAGCAAUGAAAAUACUGAUUUAGUAACAUAAAGAUCAUGUUUUGUUUCAUACCUUUAUUGGCUAAUUGACCAUUGAAACGUUUAUUAGUUACUUUUUUCACGUACCAAUUUAUUUGAUGAAAAGUGAGCCAUCAUUUUGCAUUCUGUAUCACAAUUUAUUUGAUGAAAAGUGAGCCAUCAUUUUGCAUUCUGUAUCACAAUUUAUUUGAUGAAAAGUGAGCCAUCAUUUUGCAUUCUGUAUCACAAUUGUUUUGUAAUAUCAUAUUUUUUUUACAUCUCUUUAGCCGAGGAACUUGGGCAUUAUUUUCAAUAUGUUUCUCAUCUUUUAAUAGAUAUAUACUUGUUAAAAGCACUCGGCAUAUAUUCUGAACUGAAUUUUUUAAAGAUGUCUUCUUAAUUCAUUAACAAUCUCUGAACUGAAUUUUUUAAAGAUGUCGUCUUAAUUCAUGAACAAUUUUGAAAAGCUGAAAUCAGAAUGAUUAGUCUUCAUAUCAGAGGAGUUUCAAAAUGGCUUCUCGCUUGUUAUUACCCAUGUGGGCUCAAAUAUGUGGGGUAACAAUUACACAGUGUACACUGAUUGGCUAACUUACAUUUGGUUUUGGCCGUAAUUUUACUUUCAUUCACUUAAUGUUCCCAUUUGGGAGGAGGACCGCUCUAUAGUCCGAAGGUUCAAUAGUCCAGGGUUAGGUCUAUAAACCUUUGGACUACUGAACCUAGGGCUAGGGUUAGUGUUGAACCUUCGGACCACUGAACCUUCAGACUAUAGAGCUGUAACCGUAAGCUGUACAUUGACAAUCUGCAGAUACUAAUGAAAAAUGUUUGGCUGAUGUAUUUUAUAAUCGUGAAAAUUAAAAGCCUACCAUUUCAUAAGUAAUGACUAUUACAAUAUAUAGAAACAAGUUCAUUGCAUUAAGUCAUUGUAGACAUUUUGUUGCUAAAAGAAUAUCAUUCUGUUAUGAUGUUACGAUUUAUUUCGGCCAGUUAUAUCGCUUGUAUUACAAUGGCAACUAUGUGCACAGGGAUAUGUGAAAUAAUGGCUAAUGGAAUUGCUAUAGACAGCAGAGUGAUUUUUAUUAAAAAUUAAUCAGGUUAAGUGAAUUGACAAUUGGAAAUGAAUGGAAUCACCAACUCCAGACUUUACAAAUUACCUGUCCCUUGUUAAUCAACUCCUAGCUUGUCAAUCUUUAAUUAUAUGCUUUUUGCUUACAUAAUGUGCAAAUUUUUCCUUUCAAUAGUCCCAUAUACAAGACAUUUGAAUUUCUUAUGCAUUUCCCAUAGGUUUCCGACGUCAUUGCUGAAUGUAAGAAAGAUUCCUGAUCUGUUUACGAGACUUCUGAUUUGCUAACUUGAAUUCUUGACCAUUUACAAGGUUCAUUUAUUGUGCAUUUGUGUAAAGAAUAUCAAAAUAUCUAUUAAGAAGUUGGUAUGAUAUUAUGAGUUGUGAAAUGUCAUCAGUGUUGUGAUGGAAAAAAAAAAAAAAAAGAACAAAAAGUAUGCCAGUUGCAUCUUUAAAAAAAAAUGUUUUUUAUCCUCAUCACUUCUGGUUUCAUGUAGUCUGCAGCCUUUAAAAACUUUUGAAGCAUUGUUACUUGGUUGUUAACAAAAAAACUCAUCAAGGGUUUACCUAUCUCUAGAUGAGGCAAAGAAUAAUUUGACGUGAUUGGGACAUUUAAAAUUUUUAUUCUAAUAUAAAGAUAAAAAAGAUAAAAACUUUAUUGCAUAUAAACAUUCCACAUACGGAACUGGAUGCAAAACAUAUGCAUAAACAAGAAAAAAAUGAUUAAUUGACAGGAUGUUAAUUAUUUAAAUCAUCUGAUAGGAUCAGAUGUGUGUUUCAUAAUGUUACAGUUGGAUGAGGAUGAUUUCAUAUUCAAAUUUAAUGGACGACUAUUAAAUUCCAUGUCUAGUAAAAAAAACCCAACCCAAUUACCGUAAUUUUAAACAUAUCGGUGCAGUGAAAAAAAUUGCUUUUGAAGACUUGUUAAAAAAUCAGUUUUUAUUGUACAUUGAGGAAUCAGGAUAUUUGCAUUCUCUUAUAACAAAGGUUAGAAAAAUCAUGGCUCAGAAAAGUCAAGGUGUGAAAGGUUACUUAACCUGCAGGGUGCAGGACGACGUCUAUUUAGCUCUGUUCAUUGAAGGGUUUUUAUGGCAGGUUUAUAGGUACUACUACAGUCAUUAAUCUCAAAUUUUACAUCAUGAGUUUUAAAACAAGAUUUAAAAAAACUAUAAAUGUUUUUGUACUAAGGAUGUGUUAGGCAAGGUAUUUGAUUCUGCAAUUUUUAUUAUUUUUAAAUGGAAUCAAGAAAUAUUUUUUUUUUUUUUUUUUAUUAUGCGAAGCUAUUACAGUGGGAUGUUAAGAAACCAUGCAAAUGUUUUAUAAUUGGAUUCAAGAAAUGGAGAAUUGCAAACGGAUGUUGGAUGGUAAUCUUUAAAAAAAAGAAAAAAAAAGGAAUAACAGAAAUGUGUGUGCCUGCCUGUCUGUCUGUCUGUCUUUGUGUUUUUGUUUGUUUACAGGAUUUGGAAAACAGCAAAAACAUGCCAAAUUGUUUAAAAGUUGUACUAAUAGAAUUUGGAACCUAAACCAGUAUCUGAAAGCAGGAAUUGAGAGAGGAAAUGUAAAACAUUGGACUGUAAUGUAACUGCCCUGACCGUUUCCUAACAACUGCAGUUUACAGUAUGGACACACGGUCUCGACCAUUUGCCAUUUCAUAUUGUGUUGACUGUAUAUACCGUUACUUGGAAGGGGCUGAGCUAGUGUUAUUGUUUGUAUGUUUGUGUAUAUAUACAUAUAUAUUAUAACCUUCCGCAAUUGUUUUGUUACUCGCUGGGUUUGUCCAUAAUUGAUGCAGCAGAAUUUAUCCUAAAUAACAUUGUCAUGUUUCUGGUUACGGUUUUCUAAUUUUGAACCAUUUUUACCUGUUUGUUUUUUUUGUUUUCUUCCAAUUUAAGAAAUUAUUACUGAACUUGAAAAUGUCUUAAUUUAUGUACAAGAUAUGUUUUGUUUGUUCUGCAGCAAGGUGUCUUUGUUUGUUCUGCAGCAAGGUGUCUGGUUAGUGUAUGUACAACUUCGGUCACGUGGUCAGUAGAAAUGGGUACAGCCCAACUGUUGCCACUUUAACAGUUAUUGUCUGGGGUGUUUUCCCAGACUUCAGAGUUCCUUACAUCUAUCCUUUAUCGGCAAGAUUCCAGUUGUCCGUUACCAAACAGGAAUUUAUGCUGAAUUUUGCAAAUAUAUUUCAUAAUAAAUUUGUCCCAUUUUUUUAUUUAUUUUAAACAUUACAAAUGAAUGUAUUACUGUAAGCUUUUUUAUUGUUGCAGUUUGAUGAAGAAAUAUCUUAAUUUACUACAUAUUUGCAAAGACAAUUUGUGGUAUUUGCUAAUGGUAUUAAGGUCUCUUAGGGGUUGGUGUGUGUGUGGGGGGGGGGGGGGAGAGGGGGGUAUUAAUCAUUUUAAAAUGUAAAUUGAAUGAGAAUACUGCCUAUCAAUCACAGCAUAAAACAAUAACCCCUGCCCCCUUCCCUACAAAAAAACAAAAAAAAAAAAAGAAGCUGUAUUUGCAGAAAUUAGAUGAAGCAUUUGUUCAUGCAUAUAACAAUCACAUUAUGUUACAUCAUCAUCCUAACAUGUGCAUCAUACAAAACGAAUACAAUUAGUUGAGUUGCAUACAGAAUGCACGUAUGUGAAAUAAUGUUAUCUAUAGUCCAUCACAGUCUCCAUGAACAUUGUCUUCUGUAAAUAAUUUCAAUUUGAUUUGUCUUACGGAAAAACGUAAAGUGUUUUGGAAAUAACAAAAAAAAACCCACACUAUUUUUGUGUUCAAUUUAGGAAGCAGUAAGAAAGAAAGAAAUAACUUGUGGUACAUAAAAUAGUAAGAAAACGAUGUCUCUUUGUUGGAAGGACUAGUUCAGUCUGAUGAGCAACAUUGGUGAAAACAGUUGGGCUGUUCCGGUUGUUACAGUAGCAUACACGAGAUAUCAAUCGAUACACUUGCUACAUGCUUUACACUUGAAACACAAUCCUAAUGGUGGCACGAGGUUUUCAUUCUCCUCUUAAAAUGCAGAAUUCAAACAUGGAAGUCUGCAUCCAGAGUCCAUACCUAUUCUGUGGUAAUUGGUUGAUGUGCUUGGAUAUCAUGGCUUGUUUUAUUUUGUGUUACCAUUUCAAACAUUGCAUGUGCUCAAAUGUUCAUCAGCAGCUAACUUAUUCAUGUUGUCUAUAAUUGCAUUAUGCUAUGUUAACUUUAUCAUUAUUAUUACAUACCAGGACUAUUGUGUUUUUCUUCUUUCUCACUUUUUUUUUUUUUUUUCAUUUUUAAAAAAUUUGUUUUGGUAUGUUAGACAGAUUGUCAUGUUAGGGGUAUUGUAAUCAGAUGAUAUACAUGUGUACAUAACUAUAUAAAAUAAGACUAUAUUAUAUAUAAAUAUAAAUAUAUAUAUUACACUGAUGUUUAUCGAUUUAAAUUUUGAGUUGAAUUAUUGGUUGUUUCAUGGUGAAUUCCGUGAAAUCUCAUGCAAACUGAAAUGUAUUCCAGUCAAUUCUGCUCCUCAUUCUUCUGUCUCAUGCUGUCCGGUCACCCCUAAUUUUAAAAUUGGACUGGCCAGCCAUAUCAAUCUGGUCUAGUGCCAAGGCAAUGUGUAUGGGGUGAAAUUAAUUACUUGGCAAAAUGUGAUAACUUUUUUUGACAGAUGAGGUGUAUGAAAUUAUUCUGGACAUGUUUGCUGUUGGUUGGUGUUUCCUAGGCAAUACAGUUGACAGCUUGACAGUUCAAGAAAUUUAUUUUUUUGUUGAAGUAUGAAAUGAUGUAACUAUAGAAAGGUUGUGUAAUUUUUCUGGUGUUGUGACAGUUUUAUAACCUGCUUGUUUGUCAUUAACAGGUUCUGUUACUUUCAGUGCUUUACAGUGUUCAAAUAUGACAAGCUGGUAGGAGUUUGAUUCAAAUGAUGCAAUUUGGCAGUUGUUUUCUUGGCUAGGUAAUUAAAAUAUUGCACUGGUUAUAAUUUCAUGACACUAGUGAAAAUAUCUUAGAUGUGAUUGAUGUGGAAAUGGCAUGUUUUGACAAAUGUGUUGCCUGGGAGAGCACCUUCCACCAGUUUAGAUGUCUUGACAACCAAAACCUUCACUCCAUAAUUCUAGAUUUGUAUUUGUGUACAGUGCUGUAUAAAGUGUUAAAUUGGACAGUGUUAAUGUAUGGAAUUGAUGCUGUGUUUUUUCUUUUCACCCAGACCAUAUGACACCACAGGAUAGUACACACUGUUUAAACGAAUAAAUUCUUGGCAGCCUGGAUUUAGAUUCUAAUUUAGUAUUGAAGCUGGACAGUGGUUUCAAUCCAGACUCGAAGUAUAGGCUACAAAUCUGUGUUCAUGUAACUUGAGUUUAGACUUUGAGCUAAAAUUGAGUCGGGUACCAUUGAGUCGCACAGAAUGAAUGCAAUUUAUGUCCCGAUUUUAAGUGUGAUUCUAGUACAGGCCCAAAAUCAAGUCUCGAGCUUAAAACAGUGUCAUAUUUGUUUCAAAUUGAAUGGUUCUGUUGAAGACCUAUGUCCAUGACUUUUGUUUCAAAGCCCUUUGUUGAAAGACAAAAGCCAACAAACCUUGUUGGGGCCAAGAAAAGACACCAAGAAAGAAUUGGUUAGCAACAAUAAUGAAGAUGAAAGUACCCAAAACAUUUUAUUGACACAAAGAUGGUACUUUUCUUUCCUUUUUUUGUUUGUUUUAGGCAGGGUGUCGCAUUUUGUGGGGUCAUGUGGUUUGGUUAUGAAUAGUGUGUGUGUAUAUGGGUAUGUCCCGAGUAUCGGUUUGGUUUAUUGAUUGAUUUCAGGAUUUGUUUUAUUGAAUACUGCUAACAGUUACUGUGGAAUAAUAUUAUGUUGAUAAUUCUGGAUCACUUGUACCAAGUGUGAACAAAUCCUGUUGAAGAAAUUUUUGCCAGAAUGCACAAUACAGAAUGUAUAGUUAACGUUCUAGCGUAGCAUCAGUGCAGGUAGCCAUUUGCACAGAUUUCCCUUUAACUUGUGUGUAUUAUUGUCAAGUAUUACUCUAGUGGGGGUGACGUCUACGACUGUAUUGGUAGUUUGACACUUAACUAUAUUGGGAUGCACCCCAAGUUCUGCUAGGUAACGUUUGCGAACUAUUUGACUGGUUCCUAACAGACAUUUAUCGUGAAGCACAUAAACCAGUCUGCUUGGUCUGGCUGUUUCAUGUUUCUAGGAGUUAUUAUCGAGUCCAAUCCCAUCCCCAGUCCCCAGCCCAUUUCACUGGAUCACAUAAAAUGUAAGCAUCCAAAUUUGUUGUCUGAAAUAAAAGUACUUGAAACAACAAAAGGAACGUUACUCAUGUCAUUUGAAGGGAAGACACUUUGUGGUCGUUUCAAGGGAAGUCACUCUGUCAUUGCGUGAUAGAUGUGCUUCAUUUCUCAUAAUUAUAAAAUCUUAAAAUUGUAUCUUAUUUAUCAGUUUAUCUUAUUAUUGACCUGAUCUCAGGAUGGCUUUUAUUGCCUAUUCACUGGUCGACAAAUCAAAUCACCUGCCACAAUAUUAAAAAGAAAUUACUCUAGUUUGUGUGUGUGUGUGUACACACAUACAUGUAUACCAACUUUGUCAAUAAUUAUAUGCAAAUUUAAAGGGAAAUGUGCAAAUGGCCUAGCAGGUACUUUUGCAAGAGUAGAUGACUAACCGCUAGCAUUGUUGCCGUAGUAAAAUUCUAGUCUCUCUAGCAUGAAGCUACUAUUGUAGUGCAAAUCCUGUACAUAGUGUUAACACUGAAUCAGUCUGUUACAUUUGUUCAUCUCUACAGUGUCACUGGUAUGCUACAGUGUCACUGGUAUGCUUCAUUCGGUUUCAGUCAUCUCGUAAUUAACCCUUUUACUGCUGAAAUUCUCAAAUUAUGAAACCUCAAAUUAGAGUAAAGGGUGGAACAUUGUUUAAAGGUUCUUGAUGCAUUAUUUUGUUCAGAUGUUGACAGUGGGACAAGAAAGCAUUGUUCUGGAGAUUUCCACAUGCUGUUUGAAGUAAAACUUGCAUAUCAAUGUCUGUUCUUUAGAAAUCAUGAUAAAUGAAACUUGGGUGGGGACAAUAUUCAGAAUAUUGCUAAAAUUAUGACUACUAUUAAUUUUUAAUUGCAGAAAUAUAAUAUAUGUAAUGAUUUGACAAAAUUAUGAAAUAAAUGUUCAUGUUAAUGGGA